ACUUGACCUGGAAAGCAACUGAGACUCGCCAUCUCGUAAGACGUCCCAGUUCAUUAAAAGUGCUCGGAGGAGUCAAGGAGAGAGGAGGUGAGGACACACAAGUGCAGCCUUUGCAGAUGCUAACAAACAGAAGGGUGCAGAGAUCAGCUGUAAGUUUCUUUUUAUUUUAUUGGUUUGUAUUUACAUACUUCUAUUUCAUACUCUUAUUUUUACUUCUUAUAAUGACCCUUUCUUUACACCUGAGCGACUGUAACAAAUCACACUUUCCCCUCAGGGUUCAAUAAAGUAUUUCUGAUUCCCAUCGAUGCUUCCUCAAUAUAUUGCUUUGUGUUUUUGGUCAGUUUAUUUAUUUUACGUACGUAUACUGCUUUGUGUUUUUUUCUUACCGAUGCUUCCUGUUUGCACACUGUCCCUCUGCUGCUGUAGUGUUGCAAAUGUCCCCGCUGUGGGACAAAUAAAGGACUAUUUCAUCUUAUUAAAUCUUAGAUUGCUGCUCACUAUUUUACCAAAGACAAGAAAAGAAAGGACAAGAGAAUCAUGACAGAGAUGGGUUUGCAUUUUUGAGGGUGUGUAGCCCACAGUUAAUGGCCCCAUUUCUAAUUUAAUGUGAGUUUGUCUUUAAGCACAGGGCCCCCACUCCCCCAGGGGCCUCAGUGCAACCACACUGCCUUCACUGUCUAUAUUUACGCCCCUGUGGACAAGGACUUCUUUCUUUCUUUCCCUUAAAAGUUUUUUGGGGAGUUUUUCCUUCUCUGUGAGGGUCCAGGGACAGAUGGGUGUCAUAUGCUGUAAAGCCCUCUGUGAUUUGUGAUAUUGAGCUUUAUAAAUGAAAGUGAAUUGAAUUAAAGCAUCAGUGUGUUUAGUUUGCUGCAUCUUGUCUCAUCACUCCUGGAUGCUGCAGUUUAACACGUGUCGUCCCCUCUGUGUCCAGAGGAGGGCAGCAGCGAGGAGGUGCUGCUUGUUGUAGAUGCUGAGGAAGCUGCUCCUCCACUUCUGCAUCUGAGAGGAGGAGGAGGAGGAGAGACAGGCUCCAACUUCCUGUGUGAUCUCCGUUCAGCUGAGUUCAGCCUGGCCGCCUCUGCGCUCCGGCUCCGGGAGGCUCGUGGCUCUGCAGACCGGGGAGGAGGAAGGCUUCUGUGGGUGGUGUAUGGCCGGGAGAGACGCCUGGGAGCUCCGUGCACCAGCAGCAGCACCAGCAGCACCAGCAGCAGCACCAUCAGCAGCAGCAGCGGCCAUACAUGUGGAUUGUUGUGGGUCAGACCGUUCCUGCUUCCCCGUCUCCCUGCGCCUCCGAGUGGCCGCCUCGGCUCAGCUGCGUCGCCGCAGAUAGCGUGAGUGCAGCGGGGCUGCCGGCCCUGGUGCUCGGCCCGGCCUUCAUCACCAUCACCCGCCUCUGCUAAGACAGCUACGAGAAGCCGCUGCAAGCCGCUACAAGCUGCUACAAGCUGCUACGUCAAGUCCCGCAGGAAGUCCGGAGAAAGGAGGGGAGGAGCGGCCGCGGCGCAGCAUCGCACCGUGCAUGGUGCUGCGGUGUCGGAGGGAGUGGAUGAGCAGCCGGAGCUGACCCAGAGAUGGCUGUCCUCAAACUGGCCGACCAGCCUCCUCUCAUCCAGGCGAUCUUCAGCGGAGACCCUGAAGAGAUCCGUAUGCUCAUAUACAAAUCUGAAGACAUCAAUGCACUGGAUGCAGAGAAGCGCACGCCGCUGCAUGCAGCCGCCUUCCUGGGCGAUGCCGAGAUCACCGAGCUCCUCAUCCUCUCUGGAGCUCGAGUCAAUGCCAAAGAUAAUAUGUGGCUCACCCCCCUCCAUCGAGCUGUGGCAUCACGGAGUGAGGAGGCCGUACGAGUUUUGAUCCGCCACUCGGCUGACGUGAACGCACGGGACAAGAACUGGCAGACGCCGCUUCAUGUUGCUGCAGCCAAUAACGCGCUGAGAUGCGCUGAGGUCAUCAUCCCGCUGCUGAGCAGUGUCAAUGUGUCGGACCGUGGCGGACGCACCGCCCUGCAUCACGCCGCCCUCAACGGCCACACAGAGAUGGUGAACCUCCUCCUCGCUAAAGGAGCCAACAUCAACGCCUUUGAUAAGAAAGAUGGCCGGGCGCUGCACUGGGCAGCUUUCAUGGGUCACCUGGAUGUGGUGUGUCUGCUGGUGAGUCAGGGGGCGGAGAUCAGCUGUAAGGACAAACGGGGGUACACUCCCCUCCACACAGCGGCCUCCAGCGGGCAGAUCGCUGUGGUCAAACACCUGCUGAACCUGGCAGUGGAGAUAGAUGAGUCUAACGCCUUUGGGAACACGGCGCUCCACGUGGCCUGUUUUAACGGUCAGGACGCCGUUGUCAGCGAGCUCAUCGAUUACGGCGCCAAUGUCAGCCAGGCCAACAACAAGGGCUUCACCCCGCUGCACUUUGCUGCCGCCUCCACACACGGAGCGCUCUGUCUGGAGUUCCUGGUCAACAACGGGGCUGAUGUCAACGUACAGAGUCGGGACGGGAAGAGUCCUCUUCACAUGACGGCAGUUCACGGGCGCUUCACUCGCUCUCAGACCCUCAUACAGAACGGUGGGGAGAUCGACAGUGUGGACAAGGACGGUAACACCCCUCUGCACAUCGCUGCCCGCUACGGUCACGAACUCCUCAUCAACACGCUCAUCACCAGCGGAGCAGACUGCACGAGGCGAGGAGUCCACGACAUGUUCCCUCUCCACCUGGCUGCCCUGAACGCUCACUCUGACUGCUGCAGGAAGCUGCUGUCUUCAGGCCGGAGGUUUAGCAUAAUGUGUAACGACUCGGUCCUGUCUGCAGGCUUCCAGAUCGACACUCCUGACAGCCUGGGGAGGACCUGCCUGCACGCUGCCGCCGCCGGAGGUAAUGUGGAGUGUGUCAAGCUGCUCCUGAGCAGCGGCGGAGACCACAACAGGAGGGAUAAAUGUGGCAGAACCCCCCUCCACUACGCGGCCGCCAGCCGUCACUAUCAGUGUCUGGAGACUCUGGUUGCUUGUGGCACAGCCAUCAACGCCACGGACCAGUGGGGGCGCUCCGCCCUGCACUAUGCAGCUGCCUCGGACCUGGACAGGAGGCGCCGUGUGGCUCUGGAGCCAGAGAGCGAAGGAGUCCAGGCAGAGAGGGAGAAAGAGGCGGCGCUAUGUUUAGAGUUCCUGCUGCAGAGCGGAGCGACGGCCUCUCUCAAAGACAAGCAGGGCUACAGUCCUGUCCACUACGCCGCAGCAUAUGGACACAGGCACUGUCUGGAGCUGCUGCUGGACAGAGACGACACUCAACAAGACGACCCUGAAUCUCCGAACGCCAGGAGCCCACUGCACCUCGCUGCGUACCACGGCCACGCUCAGGCUCUGGAGGUGCUGCUGCAGGGGGAGAGGGAGGUGGACCAGGGGGACGAGGUGGGGAGGACCCCCCUGGCCCUGGCUGCCCUCCGGGGCCACGCCGAGUGUGUUCACACCCUCCUCAGCCAGGGAGCGUCGCCGCGCACCACUGACACCCAGUACGGACGCAGCCCAGUCCACCUGGCAGUGAUGAACGGUCACACGACAUGUGUGCGCCUCCUGCUGGAUGAAUCAGACAGUGCAGACCUGGUAGAUGCUGCUGACUCUCAGGGACAGACUCCUCUGAUGCUGGCGGUCGCAGGAGGUCAUGUGGACGCCGUGUCACUGCUGCUGGAGCGGGAAGCAAACGUGAACGCUGCGAAUAACCACGGCCUCACUGCCCUGCACCUCGGGCUGCUGUGUGGUCAGGAGGAGUGUAUCCAGUGUCUGCUGGAGCAGGAAGCCUCGGUUUUAAUUGGCGACUCUCGAGGUCGCACCGCCAUCCACCUGGCCGCCGCCCGAGGUCACGCCUCGUGGCUGAGCGAGCUGCUGAGCAUCGCCUGCUCCGAGCCGCCGUCCCUUCCCCCGCUGAGAGACAACAGCGGGUACACGCCGCUGCACUGGGCCUGCUACUACGGUCAUGAGGGGUGUGUGGAGGUUCUGCUGGAGCAGAAAGGUUGUCGCUGUAUUGAUGGGAACCCGUUCACCCCUCUCCACUGUGCUGUAGUGAACGAUCACGAGUCCUGUGCAUCUCUGCUGCUGGAGGCCAUGGGCUCGGACAUCGCUGGCUGCAAAGACGCCAAGGACAGGACUCCUCUUCACGCUGCAGCGUUCUCGGGUCAUGUUGACUGCAUCCAGCUGCUCCUGUCCCAUGAUGCACCUGUUGAUGCUGUGGACCAAUCAGGUCGCAGUGCACUGAUGAUGGUGGCAGAGAAGGGCAGAGUCGGAGCCCUGGAGGUGCUGUUGACCAGCGCUGGGAGCAACCUCAGUCUGACGGACAAAGAUGGAAACACCGCCCUGCAUCUAGCCUGCAGUAAUGGAAGAGAAGACUGUGUGAUGUUGAUCCUGGAGAAGCUGUCUGACACGGCGCUCAUCAACGCCACAAAUGCAGCACUGCAAACUCCUCUCCACCUGGCGGCUCGUAGCGGUCUGAAGAAGGCGGUCCAGGAGCUGCUGUCUCGAGGAGCCAGCGUUCAGACGGUGGAUGAGAACGGUCUGACGCCUGCUCUGGCUUGCGCUCCUAGCAGAGAGGUGGCUGACUGUCUGGCUCUCAUUCUGGCUACCAUGAUGCCUUUCUGCUCCCCUUGCAGCUCCGGGGCUCCCUCCCCAGGCUCCCUGCUGAGGCAGCUGCCCCACCAGGGGGGUAAAGGCCCGGGCACCGGCCCUCGGGGGCCACGCAGCCCCAGGAACCCCUCCGGACCCUCCAGCGAAGGAACCACCGAGAACGACUCGGAGGACUCGGAAACCUUCUGACCCCUCCGAACCGACUCUCUACCCUCCUACCUCCAGCUGUGCACCUGAACUUUUUACCUCCCCUCCAGGAGCGAUGCAGUUUUCGGUUGGUGACAUGAGGCCCGUUUCCACCGCAGGAACUUCUUCAGUGGAAACAGGCCUAUGCACUCUUGAGGGAGGAGGGUGGAGAUUUGGUCGUGACGUAGCUUGGAUGUUUCGGCUGUAUCUUGUACAGAAUCGGCCUCCUGUGUGACACCAGGCUGGAGACCCCGCAGCGCUUUUUUUCUUAGUGCCCUUUUUCCAAAAAAACAAUGAGCGGAGCAGCUGAACUGCCCCGGACUGACUACUGCAGCCGAGUAAGAUGCUCCACGGUGACGAAGAAUUUGAUCCGGACCAGUUCUGGUUCGGGUCUGCAUGCUUGUGUUGACUCACACCACGGUUUGUUCUUUCUACUCACGGGUGCUUAAAUCCAAACCGACCUCGGUACUUCAGUCUCUGCAUGGCACAGCAACUCGCCUCGGAGACUAGUUUUGUCUUAAAAAAAAAGAAGCCAUUUUUAACUGUUUGUACAAAAUGAAGUCGACCAUGAAGACAGCUGAGUGUCCGUUUAACCUUUUUAUGAUUUUGGCUUGUUGUUGUACCAAAUAUUUGACUUCCACACGUAAAUAAUUAACAUUUUUAACUGUUAACAACUGAAGCACAAAUUUGGAUUUUAGGUUUUGAUGAACUGUGGCUGGAAUGUCGAGGUUUAGUAGUUUAAAUAUUGUUCAUGAAAACAAGGACACGACACACUGGGUACAUCCUGGAUCCCUUCUUUGGGCGAGGAGACGUCAGGGUGAAUCCAUGCGAGCAGUUUCUACCAGCAGCGACCAAUUUUUUAAUUAAAAUUCUUAUUUGUGUUUAUUGAUAAUCUGUUUGUAAAUUCAUUUUUAAAUAACUCAGAUUAUAAUGACAGUGUCUUAUAGGAAUGAUAAAGUAGCUUCAAUGUUUUAGGUAAACUUAAUAUUUUGUAAAUAAAUUUUAAAGCAAAUUCUAGUUGAGUAGCGAUCAGACGAGGGACUCAGGACGUACCCACUGACUGAACACAGGGUUUGUGCAAAUGUGAACUGAGACUGAGAUUUAUGCAUUUUAUCCUGCAGCCUCUGUCGGCCUCCUGCACUGUUUAGACUCCAUGUUCCUUCCCACCUGUCGACCUGAGGGCUGCACUAUGAAGUAAGAUCAGCAGGUUAGAGAGUCUGAAGAGUCUUCCAUGUUAUGAAGAUGGUCAUGGUAACUUAAUGCUGCAGACUGAAGCUGACUGGAGCCAGCUAAAAAAACCAUCUUUCUCUCAUUAACUCCUCUGAUAAUAGCAUCAUUCUGUAAUCAAUAGUCGAUCUUUAAGCGAUACAGAUUCUUAGCUGAGGAAAUGUGUAAUAGAUGCAAACAUGUUGAGCCAAAACAUUACAUUAGUAAUGCCUCUGAAGUUGGGCUGUAAGCUAAGUACCAACUGGUAUCAAAACAUCAACCCGAUACCUGCAUUUGAUCCGUUUUGUUCUGGAGGUCUGAUCCUGGACCGACCCGACUCCCAGUUGGAUCAGCAGACUUUCUGUUACUGCCGUCUCUGAAUGGUCAGUUCAACAUCAAGCUAACACAGCAGCAGCGGCUAACAUCCAAAACCAAGCUGUUACUUGGGCCUAACAACAUCACACAAACAUCUCUGUCAUUGUGAAAGAGACGUCUGUGAAAUGACUGGUGUCGCUAUCAGGAUUUGUUCCAUUCGGUCUGGUAACAUUUCUAAAGUCUGGAAGAGCCUGAAGAAGAAAGCCUUGGUUAACAGAGACCGUUGGUAACCACCCUCUUGGUACCCGUUAUCUCUUUUAGGGUUUGUCGAGCCAGCUGAGGCCCAGACAGCCUGACUGUGUUGAACUUGCUUCAUAGUGCAGCCCUCAGAUUAGCCACUGGUGACCUGUUCCCACCUGGGCAGCUCUGAUGUCUGAUCACGCAGCCCAGACUCUCCUUAAAGACCAAAUUCCUGAAGCUCUGUUCGGCCUCCCUCAGUUGGUUGUGGUAUUUAUUAUCUCCUACAUGAUGGUACAAAUACUGCCAGCACUUACAAUGUAAAGUAACAGGGCCUUGACCACUCCCCUCCCCCUCCUCCCCUCUGUUGUCUACCUACCAGCUAUGUGCCAUUGUCUCUAAUGUGUCCAGUGCCUUGAUGUCUACUCAUUUUUCUUUUACAACCUUUGUCCUUUGUUAGAAAUAUAAUAUUCCUGUAAUUAAAGGAUCAGCUCAUUAAAAUCACUGAACCCUGGAGGUAUUGAGCUGUGCAGGUUUGUCCAGCUUUUCAGAUAUUUGCCUCAAAUUUCUGCUACGACCAAAAUAAAAAAAAAAUAAUUUAGCUGCUUAUUUUUUGUGCAUUUUUGACUCUCUGCAUUUUACCAGAAUUUACUGACAUUAUCUCCUAGAUAUGAUGUCAAGGCUCUGGGCAACGUCUGCUUCCUGAACAAGAGCGAUGAAUUUGCACCUGAAACGCUGCCAGAAAGCGGCAGGAAACAAACAAAAUAAGAGAUGCCAAAUAAACAAGGUGCUGAUUCAUACAGGACUGAUAUUAUCACAUGACGUCUGUGUUUGGAUAAAUAUGGAACAUAACUGACGUCAGAAUUUUCACUUGACAAAUAACAAACAUGGCAGAUUCGUAUAUAGUGCUCACGUGCUGAAGUGAAGUCAGGUGAAGUGCAGAAACAGUCCUCGUCGUGUUAAGUGAUUUCCACCCUCGUACAUACAGACAGAUUAGCCUGGUUUACUCCAGGAGCCAAAAGCACGACAAUAAGUUGACUUUGGAAACUUGUCAUCAAGUUUCAUGUUGUUGUUUUUAUCAAUAAAUUUACUGAUGGUGAAAAUAAUUACCAGGUGAAUCAAUGAUGAAAGUGUUAAUUAGCUGCAGCCCUGUUGUUUGUGUCUUCAGUUAGCUCUGUGGAGAAUCCAGAUUAAUCAGGACGUUGUUUGUUUUGAGGCAGAAAUCUUAAAAUCUGGACAACUAAAACAAAAACUGUCUGCACGACUCGACACCGCAACGUUCCAAGUGUCUGGGUUUUUGUUGCAGUUUUUUAGUGAACUGAUCCUUUAAUAUUUUGAGCAUAAUGUGGUCGGUUAUGUCACAUUCAAUGACAGAGUUUAGAGGAGUUUGCUCUGCGUGAGUUGACCAUUAUGCAGAUUUUUUUUUUUUUGUUGAAAUAAUGUCUCACUCCGAUGUUUUCUCUCCUGAAGGCUGCUGAUAUUCUGUAUUUUUAUUGUCAACAAAUCCCCCCGAAACAAUCAAUGUGUCUGUCUGUUGAUACUUUCUGUGGCUCUUGAUUUCCAAUGAAGACACAAAUGUUUGAGUCAAAAAAAACUUAGUUUGAAUAUAUAAAAAAAAUGUUUUUAUCAUUUCUUAAAACAGCUUUUUAGUGUAGCUUUAGCUGUGGAGGCGCAUUUCCACCAGUGUGAUGAAAAAAAGAUCCUGUGAGUCGUAGAGAGGAAAUCUUCUCAGAAUAAUGCGGUAUUUAUUUGUUUUGAAAUACUAACUCAAUAUUUUGACAAACUAACUCAUUUUAACAAACUUUAUCAUUUUGAAAUACUUCAUUUUUUGAGGUAAGUCAUUAUUUUAAAAUUGUGUCUCAAAAUAAUAAGAAAUUAAAUCAUUUAUUUGAGAUACUCAGACUGAAAUACUAACUAAAUUUUUCCAAGUUGCAUCUCAAAAUAAUGAGACACUAACUCGAUCAAUAAAAUAAGGAGAUUCUACCUAAUUAUGAGAAAGUUUAUUAUUAUUUUGAGACACUAACGUUUGUCAUUGUGGUGACUCUCAGGAUCUUUUUUUAUUUUCCUCAUCACACUGGCAGAGAGGGUCUCCAUACUUAGCAAACGUUACUCUCAGGAGCAAUUAAAUUUAUUGGGGACUAUUUUCAGCGGCGGAUUAAUCUACAUUUGGUAGUGAAGUGAGUAUUUGUGGCAUCAGGACAGUGUGUGGGAUCAAUUUUAAAUAAACUACAAUGCUGCCGUUAAACGUAAUGAAGGAACAUGUUUUUAGCUCUAUGGACGCAGACAUCAGACUUGUUUUGUCUUUCGUGGGAUUUGUAAACGAUAAGAACAAGAAUAUCUUCAGACUCAUCCUUUAAGGUGUGUGUGUGUGUGUGUGUGUGUGUGUGUGUGAGUGUGUGAGAGAGAGAGAGAGAGAGAGAGAGAGAGAGAGAGAGUUAGCUUUAGGUACUGAUAUGAAAUUAAACUGCUUUUGUAUAUAAUGUUGACGUAAAGCUUUGUAUGAACUCUCCAUCACAGAUGAUUUUUAAGUGACGUCUCCAUCCUGAAGGUUUUUAUUUGAGCUCCAGACUAAAAGUUGUGAAUAUUAAUGAUCUUAUUUUAAACCCAGAACCCUGCUAGCUGCAGUUCGAAUGAAAUGGAGACGACUGAUAAGCACACGUUGUUAACAAGCACACUGUUGUUCUGUCCCUGAGCUGAAGGUCCGCUGAGAGACUGAAUCUGUCUGCCAGUAUUAUUAUUAUUAUUAUUAUUAUUAUUAUUGUUAUUAUUGUUAUUAUUCCACCAGAGAUGAGCUUCACCAGUCCUGACAAUCGCUAUCGUCAUGUGUCUGAUGAUUUUCAUACCAGUUCCUGAUGCAGUACGACAUGCUGAGGGCUGUUUGUCAGCUUCCCUUUGUUUUAUAUAAAUUGUACAAUUAUAAAAAAUCUGAAGUUAC